CGGAAUCUGUUCAGUUCAUAUAGAUAUUCUUUGUUACCCAAGUGUUGCCCGAGGUCUGGCUGCAUUCCAUCCCCUCGGGCUCUCGUAUCCUUCUGGCAGAUUGAAAUCGCCUUGGUAUUGGAAUUUGGGAGUUUAGUCAGGACGCGCUUGUGUCACUUCAAGGAGAGUUCCUCUUAAUAUUCCCCGCUUCGAAAAACUCGUCUGGCAGAGAAUGAGCAAUGAAGACGUUUAGCAAUUUCAGCACGGAUGUUGCCACUGUCCUCGCUGGGUAACCGAACCGUAGUGAUGAACCCAAGAAGUUCAGUGGACUUUCCAUGCAAUUUGCGGGGGUGCUGAAAAAUCCUCCACACUUCAACAACUCUACAGGAAGCAAACGUUUGGACACACAUAUGGGAUUAGAUUUUUUUUUUCCUGUUUAAAUUUGAAGUAGAAGGAAUAUUUUCACUUUCGUCAUGAUGAUUCCACUCUCCCGAACACAGCUUGCUCUGUUUUUUAUUCUCCUUUGUCCGGUUAACAUAAUCGGAUUGUGGUGGGCAGUGGGGAGUCCGCUGGUCAUGGACCCCAACAGCAUCUGCAGGAAGACCAAACGGCUGGCCGGCAAACAGGCAGAGCUGUGCCAGACUCAGCCAGAGAUCGUCAACGAGGUCGCCAAGGGCGCCAAGCUGGGCGUAAGGGAAUGCCAGUACCAGUUUCGUUUUCGCCGCUGGAAUUGCACCAGCCAGAACAAGUACUUUGGCAAAAUCCUGCAACAAGACAUCCGGGAGACUGCGUUUGUGUACGCCAUCACGGCGGCAGGCGUGACACACACUGUGACGCAGGCCUGCAGCAUGGGCGAUCUGCUGCAGUGUGGCUGCGAGGCGACCCGGAGCCGGGCACCCCCACGCCCCCCCGCCGUCCCCGGCGGCACCACCGAGGGGGUCAAGUGGGAGUGGGGCGGCUGCGGUGACGACGUGGAGUUCGGCUACGAGAAGUCUAAGCAGUUCAUGGACGCCAAGAGGAAGAAAGGCAAGAGCGACAUCAGGACCCUCAUCGACCUUCACAACAAUGAGGCAGGACGUCUGGCGGUGAGGAACUACAUGCGGACCGAGUGCAAGUGUCACGGGCUGUCCGGCUCCUGCACGCUGCGCACCUGCUGGAAGAAGAUGCCCCACUUCCGCGAGGUGGGCGACCGGCUGCUGGAGCGCUUCAACGGCGCCUCCAAGGUGAUGGGCGGCAACGACGGCAAGACCCUCAUCCCGGUGGGCCAGAACAUCAAGCCGCCGGACAAGCAGGACCUCAUCUACUCCGCCGAGUCGCCCGACUUCUGCCUGCCCAACCGCAAGACGGGCUCGCUAGGCACGCGCGGCCGCAUGUGCAACAGCACGGCCAUGGACAUGAGCGGCUGCGACCUGCUCUGCUGCGAGCGCGGCUACCGUGAGGAGACGGUGGUCUUCGAGGAGAACUGCCUCUGCCGCUUCCACUGGUGCUGCGUGGUGCAGUGCAAGAAGUGUCUGGUGCGCAAGGAGCUCAGCCUGUGCCACUAGCACCCUCCAAACCACUAACCUACCACCCGCCUACACCCCUGAACCCCCAAAAAAGCCCCGGCAACGGAGUCUGGAUCUAAGCCCUCAGUAGCUCUCAUGAACCCCAGGCUCUCUGAUAUAUAGCCGUGUGAAUGCUGGAUUUAAAAAAAAUUAAAUAAAAUACAACAAAAAAAAACCCGAAGCGUCACCCAACACCCCAACACAUGCUGUAGUUGGUCCCUCUUCAGGCCUGGCCCAGGCGGAGGUCUGACUCAGCAUAGCGUGAGGCUCCCUAUCUAGUUUCAGCGGAAACUCACCCGAUUGAGAAAUCCCUGAGAUCCCCCCCCCCCAUGAUGACUAACUUGAAAUGAAGAGGGUUUCGCUAGUAAGCGACUUCUGCAUAGACUUGCAGAAACUGUCUGGCCUUCUGAUUCAUCGGCACAGUGUUGAGAACGGGGACAGCGGCUCCCGUGGCUCCGCGGUGACGAUGUGGGAACAGCUCUGCACUGGCCAGAGCUAGAUGGACGGUUCCCAGAGAGAAACAGAGAUUGGGUUUAUGUCGUUUGUGGACAUGGUCUCUGCUAGUAAAGCCUAUUGAUAAAGCACAUAAUGGAAUAAUGGAAAAAAGGGAUAUGGGGGUGAUUGUGAGCAAAAAUGCACCACUAUGUGCAUGUUGAGAGGCUUGCCCCCCCCCCCCCCCCCAAGACUGUUAUUUAUAAACCUUUAUAAGCAAUAAGACUACUCAUACUAAUGAGGAACAUGCCUACCAUCUUCUUCAGAAGCACUUUGAAUAUAGGAGUUAUAUAAAUCAUAUGUAAACUUUCUUUUAUACUAAACGUAGUUUUGUAAAUUGAAAAAAAAAACAUAAAGAAACAAUUAGCAGACUACAAGUUGAAACAUUCCUUUAUAUGAGUUAUUUUUCUAUUUUGGUUCAGUUAUUUAAUGAUAAUAUGCACUUUCAGUGGAACAUAUACUCAGUUUUGUUCAGGCCGGCCAGUCAGGUUCAAACCAUGUGGAUUCUGAAAGAGUAGGAUGCGGUUUCUCUCUCAUGUAGUUCUAGAACAGGAUGCCAUGAUGAGACAACUUACCAUAGCUUUAUUGAUACUCCAGUCAAGACUAUUAUGCCAAUCCAUGGCAAUACUAUAUUGUUACUAUGUGACCCCAGCAGACCAAAGAUCCCCUGUUUGAGUGUUUAUAGAAGAUAAAAAGCCUUGUCUUCUGUGAGAUCUAUUCAGCAGUUCUCCUUCAGUAUAUCUUCUCAGACAGCUGCUUUUCAUUUCUCUUUGUAUGUCAAUCCUGAUAUAUAUCUGGAAAACGAUAUCACCGGGUGUGAGGAUGCGAUUAUGUUCUUGUGACACUGAACAAAUGAAGAUCUCUUGGGUUCCAUAAUGUUCAGUGGGCAUAACAAAAUGGAAAAGCAUCAUAAAAACAAGAUGACGUUGCAACAGCUCAGUGCCAUGAUGUUUUAUUACUGAAUGAUUCCUAGCUAGAGGGCUCAUGGAUAAGACUGUUGCCAUGACAUUAAAAACAUACAGCGCCAGUAUUUAUGUGGAUUCCAUUCCCCAACAGUCCAUAUUAAUCAACCAGUGACAGCCCCAGUGACAUUAUGCACAUCACAGUGACAUUUCUGCAUGAAAACAUGAACCCGGUCUUCCCUACCAUGUGCCUUUUUUAUAAACUACUAAAAAUAAGCACAACCCUUUCUUACUUGAGACAUGAGACGGAUGCAAGUCUAAAUGGGUAAUAAGGUUCUCCACCAGAGACGACCAGCCCAAUUUGCUGCACACAGACAUGUAGGCAUAUAGUUCAUGUACAGUAAUGGUAAUAUCUGCUAGUGCUAUCUGGCACUAACUAAUUACACUGAUGUGUCAUGUACUGUCUAUCAUUUCUAUGUAAAAUGCCUCACGUAACAUUGCAAGGAAACUGGCAUUAAACAAGUUCUAGCUGUUUUUCUUCCCCAAGUACUCGCUUGGAGCAUUGUAAUAUGGAUGGUGUUAUUUUCUAAGUGGAUACUUUUUGUUUAUUUUGUUUUGACUUUUUUGAUUGUGGGAACAAUUUCUACAAAGCUUCUACACAAUGUUUGUCCUUUUAAAAUGUUUCGGAAUGAUUUAUGGGGACUUGAAGGCCAUUUGUUUGGAUGUUGAAAUGGACUGUUCCGACACACAACCAAGAAGAAAAACUCAAACGUAGAUAUUAACUACAAGAUGUUAUCAUUUCCAGCUGUUACAAAUUGUCGCAGUUUCGUGUGUAGAAAAAGGGGGUUAAAACAUGACAAAGUGAGUUCUUUUGAGCUUACUAUGCAAAGCUUUAAUAAAAGUCAACUGUUCUGUACUCGAAACGUGAUGCACUCUUGCUACAUCUGGUUUGUUUUGGUUCUUGCAGCCUUCAAGGUCGAUAGCAGACACUGGACAAUGGGCUAGAGCGAAAGCAGAUUGGAGAUUGAUCUCAAAGAUAAUAACUUUUUCAAACCGGGUCUAUUUAUAGAGAGGACUCCGUAGGACUUAUGUCACUCUUUCCCUCCAUCCACCUCAAACAUAUCAUGUAAGUGUUAUUCCAACUGGUUGACUUCAGACUGGGUCAAGGCUGAGUGGCUUUCACCUCAGACGCUUCCAAUGGCAAUUUAGACCAAAAAAAAAAAAAAAAAAAAGAAAAA